CUGAAGUGCCAAGCCCUUUCUGUCUGAGUACUGAGAGCCUGUCCUCCAUGUUUUAUAAGUAUUGACAUAACACUGUGUUAACAAUGCAUCCACAGAGUUUGGCUGAAGAGGAAAUAAAGGCAGAGCAGGAGGUGGUGGAGGGGAUGGAUAUCUCCACUCGAUCCAAAGGUUUGUUUGUAUCUGACGUAGAUCCUGGCUCUGCCGAACGCACUGCACAAAAAAGGAAGUUUCCCAGCCCUCCACAUUCCUCUAAUGGCCACUCACCCCAAGAUGCAUCAACAAGUCCCAUAAAAAAGAAAAAGAAACCUGGUCUAUUGAACAGUAAUAAUAAAGAACAGUCAGAACUAAGACAUGGUCCGUUUUACUAUAUGAAGCAGCCACUCACCACAGACCCUGUUGAUGUUGUACCACAGGAUGGACGGAAUGAUUUCUAUUGCUGGGUUUGUCAUCGGGAAGGCCAAGUCCUCUGCUGUGAACUCUGCCCUCGGGUUUAUCACGCUAAGUGUCUGAAACUGACAGCGGAACCAGAGGGGGAUUGGUUUUGCCCAGAAUGUGAGAAAAUCACAGUUGCAGAAUGCAUAGAAACACAGAGUAAAGCUAUGACAAUGCUCACCACUGAACAACUAUCAUAUUUGCUGAAGUUUGCACUACAGAAAAUGAAACAGCCAGGGACAGAGCCAUUUCAAAAGCCAGUUUCACUGGAUCAACACCCAGAUUAUGCAGAAUAUAUCUUUCAUCCAAUGGACCUUUGUACAUUAGAGAAGAAUGUUAAAAAGAAAAUGUACGGUUGCACUGAAGCAUUUUUGGCUGAUGCCAAAUGGAUUUUGCACAACUGCAUUAUUUACAAUGGGGGAAAUCACAAAUUGACACAAACAGCAAAAGUCAUCAUCAAAAUCUGUGAGCAUGAGAUGAAUGAAAUUGAAGUGUGUCCGGAAUGUUACUUAGCUGCUUGCCAAAAACGAGAGAAUUGGUUUUGUGAGCCUUGUAGCAAUCCUCACCCUUUGGUCUGGGCUAAACUCAAAGGCUUUCCGUUCUGGCCUGCUAAAGCACUGAGGGAUAAAGAUGGGCAAGUUGAUGCCCGUUUCUUUGGCCAACACGACAGGGCCUGGGUUCCAAUAAAUAAUUGCUACCUCAUGUCUAAAGAAAUUCCUUUUUCUGUGAAAAAGACGAAAAGCAUCUUCAAUAGUGCAAUGCAAGAAAUGGAGGUUUAUGUUGAUAACAUUCGUAGGAAGUUUGGAGUAUUUAAUUACGCACCUUUCCGGACACCGUAUACUCCCAAUAAUCAAUACCAAAUGUUGCUAGAUCCUACAAACCCAACUGCCGGAACUGCAAAGACGGACAAGCAAGAGAAAAUCAAACUGAACUUUGAUAUGACAGCGUCACCGAAGAUUCUCAUGAGCAAACCCAUGCUGAGCAGUAGCACAGGCCGUAGGAUUUCGCUGACAGAUAUGCCGCGGUCGCCAAUGAGUACCAACUCAUCAGUGCACACCGGGUCUGACGUUGAGCAGGAUGCAGAGAAAAAGGCAACUUCCAGCCACUUCAGUGCAAGUGAAGAAUCCAUGGAUUUUAUUGAGAAAAAUACAGCUUCCCCUGCACCAACGAGAACAGGUCAAGCAGGGAGCUUGUCAGGCAGUCCCAAACCCUUCUCUCCUCAAGCGUCAACGCCAAUUUCUGCUAAGCAAGAAAGAACUGCCACUCCAGGAAGCAUUCUGAAUCUGAAUCUUGAUCGAAGCAAAGCUGAGAUGGAUCUGAAAGAGCUGAGUGAGUCAGUCCAACAGCAGUCCACUCCUGUGCCACUCAUUUCACCAAAACGACAGAUACGUAGUAGGUUCCAGCUUAAUCUUGACAAGACAAUAGAGAGUUGUAAAGCACAACUUGGAAUAAAUGAAAUAUCUGAAGCUGUUUAUACUGCAGUAGAACACAGUGACUCUGAAGAUUCUGAAAAAUCUGACACCAGUGACAGUGAAUAUAGCGAUGAGGAUCAGAAAUCUAAGAAUGAUCAAGAAGAUGGAGAGGAUAAGGAAGGUACAAGAAGUGACAAAGAAUCAUUAAGCUUGAAAAAAAAACCUAAGCCCCCAGCACAGAAUGAAGAUAAGGAAGAUCUUAAAAGCACAAGUCCAGAAGUGGAGAAAGCAGAUGACCCAGUCAAAGAAAAGGCAAUUACAGACACUGAAAAAGAGUUUUCUGAAAAGGGAAAAAGUUUGCAACAUCCUGCAAAAGAAAAACUGAAAGGUAAAGAUGAAACGGACUCUCCAACAGUGCAUCUGGGACUGGACUCUGAUUCUGAGAGCGAACUUGUCAUCGAUCUGGGCGAUGAUCACUGCGGGCGUGAAGGACGGAAAAACAAGAAAGAGUCAAAAGAGCCUCCUCCUAAACAAGAUGUUGUAGGUAAAACUCCACCUUCUUCCAGUGCAAGCACCCAGCCCCUGCCAGAAACCCCAGUUCUCACCCGCUCUGCGUCCCAGACUCCACCAGCUGGUGUGACUGCAACUACUAGUGCUACUUCUACUGUUAGUGCUCCAUCUGCAGCCACUGGAAGCCCUGUGAAAAAGCAGCGGCCUCUGCUGCCUAAGGAAACUGCCCCUGCUGUGCAGCGAGUAGUGUGGAAUUCUUCCAAUAAAUUUCAGACAUCUUCUCAGAAAUGGCACAUGCAGAAGGUGCAGAGACAGCAGCAACAGCAGCAGAACCAGCAGUCUCAGUCACAGCAGCCUCAAUCCUCUCAAGGGACAAGAUAUCAGACAAGACAAGCAGUUAAAGCUGUGCAGCAGAAAGAGAUCACCCAGAGCACUUCCACAUCAACUAUAACUUUGGUUACAAGUACUCAACCUAUCUCUAUGGUUACAAGUUCUGGAUCUGCAAAUACACUUUCUUCCUCAGUUAAUACAGACUUGCCAAUCGCAACAGCCUCAGCUGACGUGGCUGCAGACAUUGCUAAAUACACUAGCAAAAUGAUGGAUGCCAUCAAAGGAACAAUGACUGAAAUAUACAAUGAUCUUUCAAAAAAUACCACUGGAAGUACAAUAGCUGAGAUUCGACGUUUGAGGAUUGAAAUAGAAAAGCUUCAGUGGUUACAUCAGCAGGAACUCUCAGAAAUGAAGCAUAAUCUGGAACUGACAAUGGCUGAAAUGCGUCAGAGUCUAGAACAAGAACGGGAUCGCUUGAUUGCUGAAGUGAAGAAGCAGCUGGAAAUGGAAAAGCAGCAAGCAGUGGAUGAAACUAAAAAGAAGCAGUGGUGUGCCAACUGCAAGAAAGAGGCCAUUUUUUAUUGCUGUUGGAACACUAGCUACUGUGACUAUCCCUGCCAACAAGCUCACUGGCCUGAGCAUAUGAAAUCUUGCACGCAGUCAGCUACUGCAACACAGCAAGAAGCCGAUACUGAAAUUAACACAGAAACAUUAAAUAAAUCAUCCCAGCCCAGUUCAAGUGUGCAGCCUACGCCCACGGAAACAGCCAGCACCCCCAAGGAAAAGGACGUUUCAACUGAUAAAAGCAAAGAAAGCGUUACAGACCCAUCAGUGUAGCUUCUGGUCUGGAUCUUUCGAUACAAGUUGCCUUCUGAUAAGCAAUACUGACUGCAGCACUUCCAAGCCCUUCUUACCUGGGGUUUCAGAGGCCAAGCUCAAGACCUGCAUUCAAAUCAACUUACUUUAUCACAACAGACUGCCACUAGGGUACCACAAUGUUCCAUAACACUGAUACAGCAAUCCACCUGGAUCUACAGCUAACGAAGCAAUGUACAAUUCUGAAAUCCUCCAUAUCAUCUACUCUGAUAGUAUUCAGUAGGCAAGGAUGAGCAAACGCUCCAAUAAAAGGGACUUAACAUUGCAUAUAUAGAAAAUGUUUAUAGAGAAGAUUCUGCUUUAUAGGUAGGGCUUGACUAUUAGCAAUUUCAGCACCAUUUUUCUUCUGCCCAUGCAAGAUUUGUUAAAUGAAAAAUUUUAUGGGGGGCUUCUCCUUCAGACCCUUUACUUGAUCCUCUACAUCAGUAGGAGCCUUGUUGUAUUUUAAAAUAUUAAAAGCAAACUAAUUUUGUAGUAUUGUGAUUCCAGCAUGAUGUCUCAUUGAGAUAGUUCUUCUAGAAUUGGGAAGCAUAGUAUAAUAGAGAGCUGUGUUCAUUUCUUGACACUUUUGCUACUGUCUGGUGUUAGAUCUCUGGGCUUGACAUGUCAUCUAAGGGAGUAACUUGGGAAACAGAUUAAAAGAAGGGGUAAAGGAUGUGCUGUCCCACCUGGAUUCUGGGGGGAAGUUCUUUGAACUUCUUUGGCUCAGUUGAAGCUCGUAUGUAUUGUCUGUGGCAGUGUGACCUUUGUACUACUGGGAGAAAAGGGGAUCAGAGAAAAUCAAUUGCCUAAAACUUUGGCCAGGGAAUAUUCCAGUUAUCCUAAUCUGGAAUUGCUUUCACAUAGGUAUUCUACCUGAAACAUCAUGCUGUGUACAUUGAUCAUGUUCAUAAUUUGAAUUUUGUUUUAUAAACAAAGAAUUAACCUGUGAAUUCAUUAAGAUACAAAUUUUUAGCACAAACAAAACAUCCAACAUAAAUUUCAUACAGUAAUAGUAAUGACUAGGUGGAAUUCAUGUAAAAGCUGAGACUUUUACUGAGGUUGCCUGUGCUGUCUCUGCAGAUAGCAACAGGUGUGACAAGCAACCAGCCUAUAAAACUGGUCCAGGUACCGCAGAGCACCACCUAUAUUCCAACCACUCAACCCUCAAUUGUAAGUACGAUGUCAUCAUUUAAAGUCUGCAGUAGUGCUGUUCCUGGCAUUAAAAUUGCACAGUAUUUCUGGGGGGUUGUCUCCAUUUGCUGUUCUAAUUAAGAUAUGAAUUCACUGGUGUAGUUUCAGUUUGCAGUGCAAAAUGUCCUAUUUUGCUGUGCAACAUUCCACCCUUCCAUUUCAUCAUUGAUUGUUACAAGGAUUCAGGAACCCUCCUUAAGAACAGCUAAGGCACUGAGGAUAGUCAGACUUCCAUUUUACAUUAUUGUGUUAGUUAUUUCUGUUUCAUGUAUAUACUUGAACACAACGUCAAUGUAAAUAUAUAGAAUUCAUUUAAAAUAUCUUUUAAAUAUCUUUUUUUGUCUAUGGUAUCCUAAAGAGAUUCAAUGAGUUCUGAGCUAUGCUUGAUAUUUCCAUGACAUCUCAGUAACUAUGAAAGAAAAGUAUGCAUUCAUCAGUAGUGUAUCUCCCAUGCAGUCUUGCACACUAGCGUGAAAUUGAGAAAUAACAUUGAAUUCAGACCUGUUUUUUUCCAUUGAAAACUUAACCAAGGACACUUGAAUGCCCUUUUAUCAGUCACUGGAGAUGGGACGACAGUGAGGUUUGUUUUCUUUAUUUUGCAUACCAUAAUAUCACAUUCUUUCAGUGUGAUGUUCAUUCAUGUUCUGCAGUGUGCGCUUCACUGUCAGCGUGGCACCUGAGCUGACCUCUUACCAAGAACAAAAUUGCUGAUGCUGCACUGGUAGCUGACCCGCAUGCCUUGUCUCGAGCGGUGGGCUCAGCUGAGCAGCCCAUGUUUCGGUCACUACAGUUAAUUUUCUGACUGAAGCUAGAUAAUAGCAGUUCAGUUUUGAUGUUGUGACUGUGAGGCUCAAUCAGCUCAGUCACUGUCCUUCUUUUGCUUUGUUUACACACACGGACGUGCAUGCACCCCCACCAGCUGCAACGUUCACACACCUGUGUGCAGGAAUGCAUGCACCUCCACACACACUGCAGUGUUUCAUAGCCAUCACAUUCGACAGAAAAAAUGUACUGCUCGUUGUGGAUAUCAUGACUUGUCACAUUCCUAAGCAUUUGUACUCAACUCGUUUGUCUCGACUGAGAGCACAGUGCACCUUUGCAGGAUUGGCCCUAAGUCGUUUGAACUGAAUUGCCGUAACAAGGCUUUGUGUGUUUGCAAUCAAAUAGCAAGCUUCAAAGAAGUUAGGCUCUCUCGUGCAUAGUUGAGAGGUUCUAAGAUCAUAAGGUGGUUUCAUGUAACAUUCAGAAUAACGGCAGUAACCUUCAUCAGUUUUCUGUUAUACAAAGUGUUGAGUAACGUGAAGCGUAAGUGGAACGUCUGAAGGUUUCAACCUUUAUUUGUGCAUGUUUGAAACGUUGUACACAUUUGCAUUAGCCUUGCACAGCUACAGACACCUCUGUACUCUAAUGACUGCACGUGCAAUUUAAAUAAUUUUAAACCUUAAUGCAUGUUUAUUAUGUAUGCAAAAUGUACAAAUGUGAAAAGCUGGCAGAGGUGGAAGAUUUACCUCUCAGGGAAUGAUCCUAACGCAUUUAAGGAGUCUUGCACAUUCCAUAUCCCGAUCACUCUAAUAACUGAAACUUAAUUUUCUCAUUUGUGUAAGUGUGUACAUGUAAAAGACAGCUGUGGCAACCUUAAUUUUCCUGCCUGUAGUGCUAACAGUGAUGUACAUAGUGGCUUCUUUAGAGUUCAAUUUGCACUUUGUUUCCCACUAGGCAUUUCCUCCCUCUGCACAACUUUCAGUGUAUCUUCUGGGUGCCGUUUCCACUGAACCCUCUUUACACCUCUGAAACCAUUAUCAAAUGACUUUAACCUUGAACUUAUUCAGAGAACUGAUUUCACAUUUGGUUUUUAUUCUUUCUGCAGUUGAAAUGUCGUAAACAUUUAAAUUCAUCAUCUUUGCAUUCCAGGGAAUGGAAUCAGUAGGCUUCUGGAAGGCACAGAUUUUGUCACAAAGGAGCUGACCAACACUAGGCUGUAAUCCAUCUCAGCAGGGACACUCUCAGUCUUUCCUGAAUACCAUCAAGGCACUGAUGUGGUUUCUUAAAUUUAUGGGGGGAAACAUAGGGCUCCGGUGAAGUUGUGUGUUGUUCUUCCACGUUUGCUUAGGAAGCCUACAGUAACCUUGGGGGGAGUCCUGGGAGUCCCUUCCACAUUUCUCAAAUUCUCACUCCUUGUUUCUUCCACAAAACGUUGUGAGCUGAAAUGGAUGCAUCUGUUGGGUCACCAGUUGGCCAUCGCUGGCGUUGUAUCAAAACAUACUUGCAGUUUGUGUGGCAUAAACGUUUCUAAGCUUUCUCACGUUUUUGUAGGAAGGUUAAGAUACAGACUUAAGAUUCAAUAAAUCCUUUUCCGGAUGUUC